AUGUCCCCUUUCCAUUCAAAUGUUGAGACUAAGGAGAACAAAGACGUUGUGAACAGUUCAUCAUCCUCCUUGAGUUCGGUUCCUUUUUAUCCUCAGUAUCCCAAUUACCCUUCUAAUGGCUAUGAACAACCUCCAUCUUUGUCGGCCACUGAUGAGAACAACUCCUUCCCAGAGGGUAAAACGGAAACGGCAUCGUCUCAAAACGAUCAGAAAAUAGUAAGCGAUACUGUAAAUACAAAAGUAAAGAUUUUUUAAGUAAAACGUAUUUUUUCUAGGCGUUUAAAAGCGAGGAAAUCGAUGCGAAUAUCCAGAAGCCGUAUUCAUCCACGACCGUCAUGUCAACGGGCCAGCCUUUAUCUCAGCCGACCACAAUUUCAGUGCCAGCUCAGACUACCGUAAUCACCCCCCAUCUUUAUCCGGACCCCUCGUUGAUCCCUGAAAUCAGUUCUCCAUCCGUUUACAACUCUUACUCCACACUUUACAGUUUUGCGGCAGGGAGUUCGAAUGAUGUCAAUUACUGGCAACCGCCUCAGGGCAUCUAUCCCGGAUCGGGUGGACCCAUUUCAAAUUAUAAUAGUGUUCUGUUGCCUGGAGGGGAAGAGUCAUCCCCCAACUAUCCAAUCAUCCCAGCCGACAGCAGAGUCGAUCCAUCCAGUCUGCCGUCCAGCUACAUUACACCGGGUUGUCCAUGGCCAUACCCUCCAUAUUUGGUAGGAACCUCACAAUAAUCUUUAUUUUUUUAUUGUUUUAAGCCGGAUGGAGCAGACCAACUUUCUUUGCCUUAUAUUGCUGAUAAUGGUUUCUAUUCACAGCCAGGGCUUCCAGUAGGUUACUGUAAUUUUAUUAAAACAUUCCCAGAACCCAACAAUCGACCCUCAUUACAUUCCCAACGGUACUGCAAGAAAUCUUGAUCCGUAUGUUCCGACUCCCAUUGGCGGAGAUCAGCCCGACCUGCCCAUGAUUCCACCUAAUGAAAGUCUUCCUUCCUUUAGUUCUCCUCCCAAUAGAAUACAAAAUACUUCAAACAUGAUGUAUCCUAACAACGUUCUUAACCAAAAACAGGCAAGAAGUCGACGAUCACGGAGUCUCAAAGACUCGGACGAUGAUAGUAGGUCGGAGGACAAGGAACAAGAAAGACGGCAUGCAAACAAUAAUCGAGAACGGUAACAAGAGAGGUUCAGAUGAUUAAAUUCUUAUAGGAUCCGAGUCAAAGACAUCAACACCGCUUUCAAAGAGCUGGGCAAAAUGUGCAGUCAGCACAUCCCAAAUACGAACGAGAGGAAUCUAACCAAACUGAGUAUUCUCCAUCACGCUGUUCAGGUCAUUAAUGGACUAGAAGGACAGGUAUGAUCAUUUUUCUAACAAUGCCACAACAAAUCUUGUUUUAGGUCCGUCAGCGCAAUAUGAACCCUCGUGCGAACUCGAUGCGUCGUCGGGAACAGGCCCAGCAAUGA